CGCCGUGUGUAGAUAUGGGCCUUGCUGAUGUAUCAGAGCAGUCGAUCGGGGUGAGAGAGGUUAGAAGUAUGGUGCAGCUGCUUCUUCGCAUCCUGGAUGAGCCCUACAAUCACAAAAUCUCUUGUGUUGAAAUUGUGAACUACAAGUUUGAUUCUGGCACAUGCUGUAAGACGGAACCGGUGGAUAGUGAGACAGUCAUCAGAGCCAGGGGACUUCCCUGGCAAUCAUCAGAUCAAGACAUUGCCCGGUUCUUUAAAGGGCUCAACAUUGCAAAGGGCGGUGUGGCUCUGUGUCUCAAUAAUCAGGGCCGGAGAAAUGGAGAGGCUUUAGUUCGUUUCAUCAAUUCUGAACACAGGGACCUGGCGCUUGAACGGCACAAGCAUCACAUGGGCAGCCGCUAUAUUGAGGUUUACAAAGCUACAGGAGAGGAAUUUCUAAAGAUUGCUGGAGGUACAUCCAAUGAGGUGUCCCAGUUUUUGUCAAAGGAGAACCAGGUGAUCAUUCGAAUGCGAGGGCUUCCUUUCACUGCUACACCACAGGAGGUGCUGUCCUUCCUGGGUUCUGAGAGCCCUGUCACAGAUGGAGCCGAGGGUCUGCUCUUCGUAAAGUACCCUGACGGACGACCCACGGGUGACGCUUUUGUGUUGUUCUCAUGUGAAGAGUAUGCGCAGAAUGCUCUGAAGAAGCACAAGCAGAUUCUAGGAAAGCGAUAUAUUGAGUUGUUCAGGAGUACUGCAGCUGAGGUUCAGCAGGUGCUGAAUCGUUACUUGUCCACUCCUCUGAUCUCCACAUUGCCUCCUUCACCUGUAAUGCCUCUCCCAAUGCUGGCCACACAACCAUUCCUCCCAGCCUCUAGUAGUGUCCGUGACUGUGUGCGCCUACGGGGGCUGCCCUACACUGCGGGCAUUGAGGACAUCCUGGAGUUUAUGGGAGAGCACACUGUCGACAUCAAACCUCAUGGAGUCCACAUGGUUCUCAACCAACAGGGCCGUCCCUCUGGCGAUGCCUUUAUUCAAAUGAAGUCUGCAGACAAGGCAUUUAUGGUUUCACAGAAGUGCCAUAAAAAGACUAUGAAGGACAGAUAUGUGGAGGUGUUCCAGUGCUCCACAGAGGAGAUGAGCAUUGUCCUAAUGGGGGGAACACUAAACCGCAGUGGGCUUUCUCCUCCACCAUGCAAAUUGCCUUGUCUGUCUCCACCAACAGCCUAUGCAGCCUUCCCCACACCCCCAGCUCUUCUGCCUGAAGCCCUGUACCAGCCCCCCCUGCUGGCGGCUCCUCGCACUCCCCACACUGCUGCUCACACUGCUGCGCACACACUGUACUACCCUCCUCAGCCUCACCUUUACAUGAACAUGAACAUGAACUACACAGCUUACUACCCCAGUCCCCCAGUCUCUCCCUCAACAGUGGGCUACUUUGCAGCUCCUCCGGGGGCAGUGGCAGCAGCAGUGGCAGCUCAGUCCCACCCCGCGGCCGCUGCCUCCUCUGUGCUGCCCCAGCCUGGUGCUCUAGUACGGAUGCAGGGCCUUCCCUACAAUGCAGGGGUCAAAGACAUUCUCAGCUUUUUUCAAGGAUAUCAGUACGGCCCUGAAGACUACAGCGGUGUGGUUCAGAUGAGUGAACAGGCCAGGAGUCUGAUUCAGCCCAAAGAAUGGCUCUGUCUGUAGGCACCAGCCAAAGCUGCAACCAGAUGGCGUUCUCAUCUUGUACAACUUCAGUGGGCAGUGCAAUGGAGAGGCCUUGAUCACAUUUCCAAGUGAAGAGGCCGCAAGACGGGCUGUAGCAGAGCGCUCCAACAAUCUUCUCUAUGGCCAGCAAAUCCACCUAGCCCUGUGUAACUGACCCUCUCUGACCCCCUCUAAACAGCACUGUACCUGCCUCAUGCUUCUGUGGCACUCCGGAAACUAUUGCCAUAUCAGCUCCAUGUCACCUCAUGGACUCAUCCCACCUAGACCAAUGGACUUAUUGAGUGCACCUACUAUAACAGCAGCGUGUGGAGAAGAGAUUGUCAUCCAUGGCCACUGCCAACUGCAUGCUUAUCUUUGUAUUCGUAUCCUUGACACUAGUGUAUGGACUGCUGUCUCUGAAAGGCUUAAGGACACCUACACCAUGAGCCAUCAUAAACAGAGUUUAGUGCCUGUUUUUCCAUCUGUACUGAGCUUCUUUUGGAUUUGAAUGUACACAAUGUUUGCCUUUUUGGACUUUUAUGUGGAUGCCAAGCUAUUGUUAGACCUCUCAUGGAAUAGAGUAAGCUGUAUGUGCUAAGUGUAAUGCUGAGCUGCAGGGACCAAACUACAGGCAUCACACUGCCAACUAAUGUGCAUGUCUUUUCUGUUUAAAGGCCUGCGUGUCUUGUUCGUUUCAGUAGCGCUUAAGUAUUUUUUUUUCUACUAAGAGCAUGAUGAAUUUAUAUUUUUAUUCUAUUUCCACAAAGGAAAUGUCAUUAAAUAGGCCAACAAAAGCCACUUUACAUUAGCUACUGUGUAUAUGAUGUAUUUAUAAGACUGUGUGGCUCUACUCUGCUUUGGACAAAAACUCUGUAGAAACUUCCUCUGUUGACACACACCUGUUUCUUUACCCACAUUACCCAGAGUGCAAUACUGGGCCACUGAGGCCAACCUCUGGUGGAUGUUAUUCCUUUGCUGCAAGUUUGAGACUUGCAUGGAUUUGAACAAUUUAAAGUAUAUGAAGAUGUAAGAAAAAAAUAAAGUUGUGUAUAAAAUGUC